CUAUUGAAGGAUGGAUUGUAUUAAUCACUGGAAUACAUGAAGAGGCACAGGAAGAUCAUAUUUUGAAUGCAUUUGGUGACUAUGGGGAAAUCAAGAAUUUGCAUAUGAAUCUUGACCGUCGCACUGGAUUUGCUAAGGGUAAUGCGCUGAUUGAAUAUGAGACAUUUGAGGAAGCUGAUGCAGCAAUAUCAGCAAUGAAUGGAGCUAAACUUUUUGGUCGGACCAUCCUUGUUAAUUCGGCUUUCAUGACUGGUCCCUUUGGAAGUAAUUCAAGAAGAUCACCACAAUUGAACCGCUCCAGAAGUCCAAGGAUGAAAUACUGAUUUGGGUUCUGCUUCCCUCAGCAACACUAUUAUACUUGUGCUAGUGAGUAGUGACACAAUUUUAAUAUUGCUUUUAUUACAAGGUGCAUGUCACUGACGUCAGGCCGGGGCAUUCUAACUUUCAAAAGAUGUAGGCAAGAAUGGAAUUUGCAGUACUUACAUUUUACUAAUUACCAUGUGUAAACGUUGAGAUGGUAUAUCCUUAA